AUGCCGCACCAACAACAUCGCCAUCUGCACGACAGGCGCGACUUCGGAGACGACUUCGACCGCUGGAUGGACAAGAUGAACCCCUUCAAGGACAAUGGCGGCGACAACAAUGGUAAGGCCAAGAAGAACCAAGGGGAUGAUGCCACGGCUGUUCGCACCGUCUACAAGACCAUGGCACAAACCUUCAGUGGUCCCGUCGCCGGCUAUUCCACCGUUGGUCAAGCCAAGGAUACGCCUACGCAGAGGCCGCCGCCGCCGGCCUCUACCCCAACGUCAAAGCCGGAGCCCAAGACAACUUCCGCUGAGGAGAAGAAGCAGCCGACGACGACCAAGGAGCGCACCGAGAAAUCGUCCAUGCCCACGGUGAUUCGUGAAUCUAACACGCUGACUUCGGUCGAUUCCGUCAUUGCCAAGGCCACCGCGGACCCCUCGAUGUCGCGCAGCACGACCCUCGGCGACAGCGAACUGUCGUCGACUCUUGGUGUCCCUUCGUCGAGCUCUACCGCCGACUCGUCAACUUCUGACAAGGGCGGCGACCAAGGUCCGAGCGCCGGGGCCAAGGCUGGCAUCGCCUUUGGUGUUCUCGGUGGCCUCCUUUUGGUCGGUCUGCUCGUCUUCUUCUUGGUCAACCGCCGCCGCAAGGCCGCCGCCGAGCGCGAGCAGAUCGACGAUGAUGAGAAGUUCCACGCCGCUGUUGCUCCUAGCGCGAGCCCCUUCGAGCCCGCCUCCGAGUCUCGAGCUGACCCCAAGGCACCGCGGAUCAGCCUGCGUCCCGUCACUCAAUUCCUCCCCAACUGGAACGGUCUCGACAACAAGCGCUCCAGCAAGGGGGCCGGCAUGAUGCUCGGUGCUGGUGCCGCUGGUGCUGCUGGUGGUGCGUCGGCGCGAGCUGUUGGUGGCAGCGCUUGGGAGCGUCCGGGCACGAGCCAGAGCACCAACCCGGCCAACCCAUUCGGCAACCAGGCCGAGCGAGUUCCGAGUCCCAUCAGGGAAGAGAGAAACUACGACCGCUCCGGCCCGUCUCCGGUCUCUGGGCCCGUCACCCCCGUGUCCGGUUCGCCGCCGAGGCCUGAAGACCCACUGACCGCAAAUGGACCCGUUAUCGCCGCAGCCGCCGUUGCCGGAACUGCUGCCGCCGCGGGUGCAGCUACCGGCCUGGCUCGCAAGACGUCCAUGCGCCAUGGUGGCCCGAAGAAUGUCGAUCUGACGCUGCCCCCUCCCCCUGGCCCAAUGCCUCCGAGCCCUGCUGGAACCGAAUUUAGCGUAUCUUCCAUGCCGCCCGGCACCGCAGCUCCGGCCUCUAACGGCGCGGCCGCCAUCGCAGCGGCGGGUGGGCCCCAGAAUUCCGCCGUCCACCGGGUGCAGCUUGAUUUCCAGCCUACACUGGAGGACGAGAUGGGUCUCAAGGCUGGUGAACUGGUCCGUCUGCUCCACGAGUACGACGAUGGCUGGGCCCUUGUCAUUCGCCUGGAUCGCUCGCAGCAGGGUGUUGAGCCGGGCGACCCGGACCUCCGGUGGCCCCCAACGGCCGGCCCCGAGGACCGAGUGUCAGCAACGGACAGCGUCCAAUGA